AGGUCAGGGCAAUAUUUUAAGGGCUCUUGAGGGAUGGCGCUAGCAGGGGCGUGGCGCCGGGCAUCCGCAGUAGCGGCAUCGUCCAUCCCGGCCUCUCGCGCGUCCCCAGUCGUAGCGCCAGGCUACGGCGCAUCAGAUCCAUGGCGGAUUCCAGCUGCAUUUGGGGUUUUGGGGCGGCGGGGCAUGGCCGAUCUCCUCCCCGUCCAGGUCCGGCAGCCGGGCGACUCCCUGCCGCGCGUCGACACGCGCAUCGUGACGGCCAUCGCGGUGGACGAGGACGGGCGGCGCCACACGGUGCGCGCGCUCGCAGGUCAGUCGCUGUUUAGGGCUCUUGUGAAUGCAGGGCUGCGCCUCCACUUGUCACACCAGCUCGACACUUCGUGCUAUGGCUACGUGUGCCGUGUGAGCAUCAGCGACGAGUGGAGGGCGCGGAUCCCCGAGCCGACCGAGGACGAGCUUCACGUCCUCAAGCACCACUUCACGCCGCCCGACUUCGAUCCCUCCAUCCGGUGCAGCUGCAAGAUCAAGCUCAGCGACAAGAUCAAUGGCAUCGUGGUCGCGCUCGUCCCCGAGAAGUGCUGGGAUUUCACUUGAGAGGAGAGAAUGUGGGUUGUGAAGGGGUGAUCUUCGAUGGACAGUGUGCAAUAAGCUAUAGCAGGUGUCUUUUGCUUCUCUUGCCGGCAAGACCAUCGUCCCCAGGCCCGAGAUUUUUCAUGGGAUUAGCUCCUUGCAGCAAAUGCCCAUGGGGAUUUUGUUUCAUAGUUGAGGUCACUGUAAAGUCUUGACUUUUAUGCAAGAUCUAAAACAGAACAUAUAUACAUAUUAUCACUUGGAUCUCUCU